AUGUGUAUGUCCUUUUGUGCUUGCUUUAAAGUUUGUGUGGACUGGCUGGUAGAGAGACCUCACUCGAUGGAGGAGUAAGACGAAGAACCCAGCAGCAGAGCGGCGUGACGACUGACAGGGUCGAAGACAGGAAGCUGGAAGUUGGAGGAAGUCUGUAAUGUAGAGGUUCACCGCGACAGCCUGAGGAGAACUCCUCCCUCAGCACCUCCCACACCUCCAUCAUGACGGACAGCCAACACCCAGGCGUGCCUUCCCCCUCGCUCUCUUCAAAUGCUCACCACAACGGCAGGAUUGGGGGGGCGGUGUCCAAAAGUCCCAUGACCCCUGAUCAAAAUGGUAGUCUGGAUCCAGGACCAGGAUCCCACAAUCCCAGUAAAGUCAGCAGCAGGACGCUGACCUCCACCUCACCCCUGAGGACCCUCAGGACUCUCGGAGGCCUUGUGAGUCCAGCAGGUCCCAGUCCUGAAGGCGGCACCGUCAGACCUCGGGGACAGAGCCUUAGCUCUGCACUCAGCUCCAGAAUGAGAAUCACGACCCCCAGAAGCAAGCGUAGGAGCAGCCAGCAGGGGGAGCCAGAGGCCCUGUUGGACCUGAUCCUGGAGUCUCAGUGUCAGAGGCUGGACGACCAGAGAGCCAGCGUCAGCCUGCUGCCCGAUCCGGGACCAGCUGCUCUUUGUGGGGCCUGCAGUCCAGAUCAGCCCCCUGUGCCCAGCCUGGACUUUUACUACAUGCUCAUACACUACCAGUCUGACAGGAUGGAGGACCAGAGGUGUUCCCUCCCAGACCUGGAUGACGUGCUCACUCCGGUUCCUGACGGUCAGGAGGACUUCUUCUCUUUGGUCCAGAGAGUCCAGUCCAGGAGGAUGAAUGAGCAGCGAGCUUCACUGCUGCUGAGGAACAGUGAGGAGGACCCGGACGCACAAUCUGCUAGCUCCUCCCUCCAUCAUCAUCAUCAUCAGCACUGAUGAAGCCCCAAGUCUGAUCGAGUGGAGCGACUGAAUUCUAGUUCCCUUUAAGGAGUAGCAUUUGUUGUUGAGUGUGGCUCUGGCUCCUCAGACUGAAACCAGGACCGCAGUGAUCCUGGACUUGGGGCCAUGAGGGUUUUAGUCUGCGUGUAGGACAAACUGCUGUCAGAAAUAAUCUUAAUUUUUACUAACACACCUGUAACACAUGUCACAUGACCAGGAAUCACAGGUUGGUUUCUGUACGAGAGAAGAAAAAAAAUGCUUGGAUUGGACUCUGAGGUUUGAUUUAAUGUUUGGAAGUUUGUUUCAAUCAAACUUAGGGCUGCAAGCACUUCUGUGUGGAUGACCCUGGGUAAGUGGGGCUGUGUGGGUGGGGCAAACCCAUAUUUAUCUCACACAGCACCCGCAGCAUAUUUGCCCUUCAAGGCUAGUGGGGAUGCCGGUGUGGGCUUUCCCACAGGAAACCCACGUUAGUGGCCAAGAGAGGCACGUUUGGUGGGGCAAGCUGAGGUUUGACUGCAUUAGAAGGUGAACAUGGGCAUCCCUGUGAUGCUGUAGUAGGGAGGGUGUAGGGCGUGAUGCGUGGGUGUGAGGUCUGAGGCGUGGGUGUGAGGUCUGAGGCGUGAGGCGUGGGUGUGGGUGUAAGGUCCUUGGUGUGAGGUGUGAGGGGUGAGGCAUGAGGCGUGGGUGUGGGUCUGAGGUGUGAAGCACGCGUGUCGGUGUGAGGGGCAAAUGUAGUGAUGGUUAACAAGUUAACGAGAAGUGGUCGAAGUUGGAGAGACUGCUGAAACCCUUGGGGGCGCAGGACACGACUCAUUAAGUCACAUGACUGGGGGGGGAUGCAAAGCAUUCUGGUAGAUGUAGUGAAGUUUAGUAACCCAUACUUUCAGCUUUAAAAGGACACAGCCUUAAUGAGGUCAUCAUAUCCAUCAGCUGUUGCUCCUCCCACCACAAUGCCGUACAGGAAACAGCUGUUUACUUCCUGUUUGUUCUGUGGUCCCUAACCCAAACUAACGAGGUGACUGAAUGCAGACCAGCUGACGACGCACUCACUGACCGCAUGAUAAACACUCUGUAUGUAAACGUCACCCUGGACCUGUGAACCUGUGACCUGAUCUGUGUCCUGUUUCACCUGUACUCACCUGAGUCUGUAGUAACUGCAGAAAUGUGA